GGACCAACUUGAUAUUAAUAUUAACUCUAUAAAACUCCACACCGGUCUCGCUGCCGGUGAGUUCAAUUCGCCGGAAUCGCCCCCACCUUCGCCAUUAACAUGGCUUACUCAGUCUUAAUCUCAAUCAAAAAGACCAAAGUGCCCUUUUCACUAACCUUAUUCUCCAUUGCUAAAAAAGUUUCCCUUUUCUCCACACUAUGCAACAAGAACCAUCACCAAACUAGUACUACUACUACUCCACCUGUGGCAAAGAAAGUGCCUUUUACAGUUUCUGCACAUGGGGUUACGUGGAAUGAUCCCUACCGUUGGAUGACCAAAACAAACGACCCUGAUUUUAUCAACUACCUUCAGCAAGAAAAUUCAUAUGCUGAGAGUUUCAUGAAGGGUACUGAAGAAAUGCAAAAGGGUUUGUUUAAUGAGAUGAUUAGUAGAAUGCCUUCCAAGAUUUCUACCCCACCUGAACUAUGGGGUCCUUGGUUAUACUACCAGUACAUUCCAGAAGGGAAGGAGUUUCCGGUAUUGUGUAGGAAAUUGGCUGCUGAGAGCAAAGGUUGGAUGAAGACUGUAUCCAAUUAUGUGAUUGGAGUUUCUAAGGAGGAACAAAUACUGCUAGACUGGAAUGAAAUUGCGGAAAGAUAUGGAUAUGUUCAUGUGGGUACAUGUCGAGUGUCUCCAGACCACAAUUAUCUUGCUUACACAGUUGAUGCUACUGGUAGUGAGCAGUUUACGCUUAAGAUUAAGGAUCUGCGAAAUGACUGCGUUCUGCCAACCCUAGGAGUUGAAGGGGUUGUUAGCGUAGAAUGGGCUCAAGAUUCUUGUACUUUCUUCUAUACGUUAUCCGACCAGAACCAGCGCCCUUACAGGGUACAUUGCGUAAAACUGGGAUCAGAUUCUGUGGAUGAUGUCCCACUGUUUGUAGAGAAGGAUUCCCGUUUCUGUGUGGACAUAGCAAGUACAAAGGAUGGAAAGUUUAUUACUGUGAAUUCUAAUUCAAGAACUUCAUCUGAGGUUUAUGUCAUCAAUGCAACCAAUCUGCAGACUGGAAUUCAAAGAUUUUGUAAGCGUGUGUCUGGUGUACAAUAUUUUCUUGAACAUCAUCAUGGAUUUUUCUAUGUUCUCACAAAUUCUCGUAAUGUUGGUGAGGAAUCACCUUCUAGUGGAGAGUAUUAUUUGGCUAGAUGCCCUGUUGAGAACUUGCAGUCAACCAGUUUGCAGAAUAUUAUAGUACCCAGUGGAGACAUUUUCAUCCAAGAUAUGGACAUGUUUAAUGAGCAUCUGGUGCUUUUUCUCAACAAAGAGGGUUCCUCAUCGAUAUGUUCUGUUGAUAUGCGAACGAUCAUCAAUUGUGAGGACCAAAUGAAGAUUGAUGAACUUAACCCAUGGUUCUUUCCUCUUCCCUCUGAUAUGUGUGCAAUAGCUCCAGGAUCAAAUCAUGAUUUCACGCGAUCUAUAUACCGCGCUGUUGUUUCUUCCCCAGUGAUGCCGGAUGUUAUUGUUGACUAUGAUAUGUCAAGAAAAAUGUUCUCUGUCAUUCAUCAAGAAGUAAUUGAUGUCUGCCACGAUACUAAGUGCCACUCAAACAAUGAAGAGAGAAGCAGAAAUGAGCUUCUCGGCAUCCCUUUAAAGAAGGAAAAGUACAUUCAGAAUAAUGAAGUACAAAAAUGGAGUGACUUUGCUGAAAUUUAUUCCUGUGAAGAAAAAGAAGUGAUAUCCCAUGAUGGUGCAAGGGUUCCUAUAACUGUUCUAUUCUCUCGUAAAGCACAUAAGAAGGGUCAGUCUCCUGCGCUUCUACAUGGAUAUGGAGCAUAUGGUGAAGUGUUAGAUAAAAGCUGGUGCGGGGACCGCCUGAGCUUACUUGAUCGUGGUUGGGUGAUUGCAUUUGCUGAUGUAAGAGGUGGUGGUGGUCCAGAUCCUUCGUGGCGCAAAUAUGGGAGUGGAAUGAGCAAGUUGAAUUCUAUAAAUGAUUUCAUAUCAUGCGGGGAAUACCUUGUCAGUGAGGGUUAUGUUCAUAAACAUCGGCUGGGAGCUAUCGGUGUAAGUGCUGGAAGUCUUCUUGUUUCAGCAGCAAUUAACAUGCACCCUGAACUUUUUCAAGCUGCAAUUCUGAAGGUUCCUUUUCUUGAUGUGUGUAGUAGCUUGUUGGAUCCCACCUUGCCUCUCACUGUUUUAGACUAUGAAGAAUUCGGAAAUCCUCAACUACGGGCCCACUUUGACUAUAUUUUGAAGUAUUCUCCUUAUGACAAUAUUCCUGAAGGAGUUUGUUGUCCCGCAAUGCUUGUGAAAGCUUCAUUGAACGACUCCAGAGUUGGUGUUUGGGAAGCUGCAAAAUGGGUGGCCAAGAUACGGGAUAAAACGUGCACUAGGUGUUCGUCUUCAGUCAUACUUCAGACAAACAUGAGUGGAGGACAUUUUGGUGAAGGUGGUCGUUUUGGCCAAUGUUGGUCUAGCGCUGUUCCCCUAAUGACAGAGAGACCAGAGGGAAAAUGUUCACCAGCUGAGGCUCUAAAUAAACCAAAUGCACCCGGAAACUCCUGCUGUUGCAGAAUGGCGUGAGUCGUGAGAAGAAGAGCUAGAGAUUACAGAGGUUGACUGCUGCCAUUGUCAAGUGUAAGAGGGUCUGGAUUUGCAGUUCAAAGUCUUAACACACACCACGGUUACAAGUCAAUCCACCUAGAAACCGUUGAAAUGAAUCUGAAGAAGUACCUUAUGUUGCAAGUCACAAGUCAUAACCAUGUAAGUCUCUGGACCUGUAAGUUCAAUAUUUGGGAGGCGGAGGUGAUGCAAACUUGAGUUGAUUUGACUUGGUAUCGCACCAUGGUAUAGUUGUAUCUAUAUCUUCAGCCUCUAUUGGGCUUGGUCUAACUCUUCAUCGUUGUCUGUACCCCGAAAUGGCUCUAAAUUGAUCGCGAGCAGGUGGAGGAGUUUCUGUAUCCUCAAGUGAUGUGUAUAGCAUCGGUGAGGUAAAAUACGUGAAUUCCAAAUGUUAACUUAGGGAUUUCAUUAAGCUGAAGGAAAGAGGAUAGGUGCAUGACUGAAUAUCCUUGUGGUUGUUGACUGAAUUUAACUCAAUUCAUUUUGAUAGCUUAGGUUUUCCAAUUAUUGAUUCAA